UGGAGGACACAGAUAAAAAAACACAAGCCUGCACUGUCAAAUAAAUAUAUUCUGGACUGCGCCCCUGGGGAACCAACAGGAUCCAACUUUCACACACGCCUUUGAUUGAGUGUGAGCUCCUUUUUAAAAUCCUAGAUUACAGCAAGGACACUGUGCUGGUCAAGAACUCCUCCCCUUCUCUCCAAUCCCUCCCUUUAUAAUCCCUGCGGAGAUCUCCCAGCAGCAUAAGGUGUGUUGCACUUGAUGGUUCUGUCCAAUGGCACAGAAAAGUCCAACUUCUUUACAGGGAAAAGUCACAUGGUUGGAAAUACGUGAGCAUUUAGCCUGAGCACUUGGGAGCCACAAAGCUCCAAAGCAUGGCAGGAAAGGAAAAUACCUCCCUACAUUCCUCUGUGGAAAGAAUGUGCUUCCAUCAGAGCCUGGCAGCGUGAAACCUUUUUGUAGCCGCUUACAUUUGGAGCGCAAAACUACAAAGGGCUAAAAUGGUUGAUGUUGUGUCAGCACACACCAUGCCGUCAGAAAGCGAGGUUCUCGUGGCAAGGUGCUUUCUCACCAAGAUCUUGCGAAGCUCCAUGAGGAAGAAUCACCUCAAAGGGAAGAAUGAUCUGAGCUCACGGCCUCAGUCCUGGCACGUCUCCAAACUGAACGGGAAGGAGUCGGAGACCCUUGGCAACCAAAGCGGCACAGUGCAAGUGUGGCAGCAAAAAGAAGCAAGGCUCAAAGAGUGGUCCAGUCAACCAGGCCAGAAUAACCAGCAGCUACCAACCGGCCAGCUCGGCUCAGCGCGUGUUAUGGAGAAACUGGAGCGUCCUGCUCACCCUUUCCCACCAGAUCGUACUUCUCCGACAAAAUACACCAGCAUCAGCAAACCUCUGGCCGCUUCAGAAGGCCGAAAAGUCACAUUCGGCUGCUUCUCCAUCGGAUCCAACCCUCUGGUUCUAGACUCACUCGGCAGGAAGGGAACCAGUGCAGAAAACGUUUUUUUCAAGGCUCUUGGGGAUGAAGGUCACCUGACAGUGGACUGCCCAGACUACCUUCAGACUUCAGACCUUCAGUUGGAUGAGCGGAACUCCUCUUGGAUGUCAAGUCGAUUUAGGCCCAGCAUCAGUUCAGUGUGGCAGGUACCGGAAAAGAAGUCUGAAUCUUCUCCUCCACCUUCUCUAUUGCGUGAUGGAGGUCGUGUUGCCACAAGCAUGCUGCCGUACUCUGAGGGAUCCGACAAAACUCCAAAGACUUGGUCACUUGAAAGGUUGGCCGAAGGCAAGUCCAGAUGUAGCGUCACAUCACUGUCAGACAAAGCUCUUGAACUCAACCAAGUCCACCCAAACAAGCAUUUCUCAUUGUCCACCACUGAUAUCAGACAAUCAAACGGACCUUCUCACCACAAACAGUACAACGACGAGAGGCUCUUUCAUCCCAAGUCGUGCUUAGCUCCUCCCACCAAGACUCAGAGUGUCGGAAGUUAUUAUCGCAGUUUACAAGAUCUGCCCACCAAAGCCUCCGGCCAUAAAUUGACGUGGUGCUCCUCAGCCGCAAGUCGAGAAGAUGACAAAUACUCUGUAAAGCUGGAGGUGGGGCGCAAUGGUCUUCUGACAAAUGUUCCCCUCUUUGACCCUCAGAUCUCUGAUCGCUCUCACUGUCUUGGUCCACAGGAUGCCAUGAAGAGAAGUGAAGCACAGGUCAACAACAUGAAAAGAAUUUUCCCAGCUCACCAAAGUAGUCUCCACAAGUCCUGGGUACCGCAAAAAGACCACCGAAUAUCCCCCUCGGAAACGCCUUUGCUUCAUUCACUGGCACAGGAGACUCGAAGUCAACCGCAAGUCAAGCCAAGGAGUAUCGUGUCCUCCAAGAACCUCUCCGACUCCACGCUCGGCGACAAAAGCAGUCGGCGCGGUGACCGUUACGCCACCACGUUACGCAAUCAAGUGCAACAGAAGCGAGCCCAGCUCCAAAAAAGCUGCAGUGCCGCGACGCUGAUCCGCCGAGAAGAUCCCGCCGAGUGGAAAUACGUGGACGCUUCCGUAACUUGUUGCGUGUCCUCCUCAAACGCCUACAAAGAUAACCUGAAAGAAGCACAAGCUCGGGUCCUUCAGGCUACCUCUUUUCAGAGACGUGAUCUGGAACCCCUCGGAAGCAAAAGCUCUCACGGACGCGUUCGAGGACGCAAGCGUUUCCCCUUAGCCGAACAGGUGCUUUCCUUCUCAGAACCUGACAAGAUAGAUCGAGUAGGAGUGGACAGAGCGCGUCAAGUUUCGGACCAAAUGAAAUACUCGGAGGCCGAGGCAGCCUUUUGGAAACGGGCUACGACGUCCGAUACGGAUGUGAAGCGAGCUCCCGCUAGAGCAGUUGAAAGCAAAGAGAGUAGGAGGAUAUCAUCAGAAGCUCAGGAGACUCCUCCAUCUGUGGAAAGCUCCCGAGGUGUGGCGCUUCUUCAGGAGCAACAGAAGCUGGGAACCUUUGCCGAGUACCAAGCCACGUGGAACAAACAGAAGAGAACGUGGGAGGCCAAGAUCCAAGGCAGGUUUUACUCUGCUGAGAACAUCUUGGAGACCAAUGCUGAGGAGACGCUAGCGUGCUUCCAUGAAAGAUCCAGAUCUUCUCCAUCUGCAGACUUCUCCCAGGAUUUCCUUGCUGCCACGCUCCAGCCCCCGUCGAGUUGGAGUACCAACCCUCCCGGCUCUCCUCAAUCAGAAGAAGGCAGACGAGAUCCAGAGACCAAGAAGGAGCAGUCGGUGUCUUCUUCUGAUUUGUGCCUUCUUGCGCCUUUGAGUCUGACGGACGUGUCCAUGCAGGAGGAUCCAUGUCUCGGAUCUGAAAAUGACUCCAAGUCCUCCAAAGCGGUGAUGGACAUCAACAACACGUCUGGCGUCUCCGAGCCUCGCUCCGACAUUAUUUCAGUCGAUGCCAACGAGACACGCCCCUCCUCAACAUUCAACGACCGCAUUCAGAACUCCAUUAAGGACCCCGGACAGCUCCGACUCAAGGCCGGCAUUCCUGAGUCCAACCUCAUGGCUGAAGAAGAUAACAAGACAGAGCAGCUGGUGAGAGAUAUCAUGGGCAAAGACAAAUCCCUGAUGGAGAUCUUAGAUCAGACUGGAAGGAAGACCACCAUGGACCUGAUGGAGGGUCUAUUUCCCCAAGAGAAGCAGAUCCUGGAGGGGGCCCAGCUACGCAGAAAACCCUCAAGCGGCUCCAGGUUGCCCACCCUAAGCAGGAAGGACGCAGAAGAUGUCUCUGCAGCGGCUUCACUGCUUCCCAGUUCCUCCUAUUACGACACUUCAGCUCCAAAGGCUGAGCUCCUCAUCAAGAUGAAAGAUAUGAAGGAACUGGAGCAGGACUGUGAAGAUGAGCUGGAUGUGGACCUCGCUAGUAAAAAGCAGGAGCUGAUCUCAAGCCUGGCCAAGAAGCUGGACGUGCUACGGGAGGCACGACAAAGUCUCCAGGAGGACGUGGAGGACAACGAGGCUCUGGGCAGCGAGGUGGAGAGCGCCGUGCAACGCUUUUGCCAGCCCAACCAGCUGGACAAGUUUCGGAUGUUUGUGGGUGACCUGGACAAAGUGGUGAGCCUGUUGCUCUCGCUUUCGGGUCGGCUGGCUCGUGUGGAGAACGCUCUCAACAGUCUGGAAGAUGGAGCUCCACAGGAGGAGAAGCGCACCCUGACCGAGAAGCGCAAACUGCUACUGCGGCAGUACGAGGACGCCAAGGAACUGAAGGAGAACUUGGAACGCCGGGAGCGUGUGGUGUCCUCCGUCAUGGAGGCCCACUUGGACCCCGAGCGCCUGGACGACUAUCGCCAUUUUGUCAAGAUGAAGUCCGCUCUCAUCGUGGAACAGCGUAAACUGGAGGACAAAAUCAAGCUGGGCGAGGAGCAGCUCAAGUGCUUGUUGGACAGUUUGCCGUUGGAGCAGCGCUUGCAGUUUUAAAAAAACAUCUGGAUGGGUUACAAUCCUCUAACUGUGAUUACGGACUUGAAAGCACUUUUGGAAUUAUGGGACUUUUUUUGUUACUCAAAAUGGCAAAAACAGAAGACAACAGAAACUGGAUGCGUGGACAUUUUGUGAAUUUGAUUCAUGUUUACCUCUAAGACACAAAAUGGCCGGCUGCGUUCAUAUUGUGGUCAUUGCCGCCAUUUGUUGUGUAUUGUUCAUCAUUUGAGCACACAUUUGGUUGCUUGCUUUUGUAAAUCACUUGAGGUGAGCAACUUGAGGUUGUUUUCUACUCAGUAAAAACUUUGUCGUGAUAAAUUGAAAAGUCUCCAA